GGAACUGUUCGAGUGAAGGCUCGCACAGAGAAAAGGCGGAUAAAACACCAUGGCUUCUAGUACGGCCGAACUGGCGACGCUGCGAGCGCUCACUUUCCGCAUCUCCUCGACGCCGACUUCACAACUACCACAACACGUGCCUGCCAUAGCGGCAUCCUUGACCAACUGCAGGACUCUUCUCUCUUCGACCCAAUCUUCCGGCGCCAAGGCAUCCUCUUCCGAAGCAUCAGUAGCUAUCCACAAGUUCCGCACCUUGCUUUCGACGCUCCUCCAGGACCGCACCAUUCAAGGACGAUGGUCAGCUAUAGUCCUGAUCAAGGCGAGCGUCGAGGUGGGAGGAUGGGAAACCCUGCAAAAGUGCCUCCCAUGGGUCCGUGGGCUUUUGGGCUUUCUGACCAAGCCGGACCCGCCAGCCUCGAAAAAGCUAUGCAUCAUCACCUUGACGCGCAUUUUCCUCCUUACCAGGGAGUACCCUACCUUGAUUCGCGAGAUCACCACCCCCUCGCUACCAACCUUUGUUCAAUCUAGCCUGCAGAUAGCCAGUUCGAGGGUACCAGCUUCCGUCCUGCAAACCAUUCUCGAGAGCUUCAGUCGACUUCUACCGCGUCACCCGACCAUCUUCCGGUCCUACCUCAAACAGCUCAUGCCCCUGCUGGAGCGUCUAGUUGCUCCUACACCCUCUAGCAAGCUUAGCCGAGAACAAGAACCUGAGGCCAAGUUUGGUAUCACGUCCGAAGUCACGGCUGCGGCACGCCAGCUCUAUGUCCAGAUACCAUGCUGUGCUCCCAAAGGAGCCUCAAGCGAGGACUGGGGAAAGGCUUUGAAGACUGCUAUCAGCAACGCCCACCGCACAGCAGACAGAGUUUUUCGUGCCGUGCUAGAGGAUUGGCAGUCAACUACGCGUGAGACAUCGACCCUAAAUGGCCAUACACUGGAUGAUGAAGUGCAAGAUCUCGAGAUUGUCAACAAAGGAUUACCACCUUGGUCGGGCAUCUACGCGGGGAGCGAACGCCUCACGAGCCUCUUACUACUCGUGAAAGGGUAUUUGGAAAGCCCUACUGCGAACUCCGUAUAUCUCAACAUCGGUACAAUCAUGGACCUAAUCACGAGGAUGCUAUCACUUACUGUCCCUGCAUCAUCGGGCAAAAGCUUUCAGAACACAGUGAGGCUGAACAGUCAAGUCAGCAAGGAAGAGCGGGAGCAUCUCUGGAUGCUAUUACCAGAUGUGCACGUAGCGGCUAUUGAGGUGCUGUUGACUCUAUCAAGCCGGUCUCUUGAAAGCACACUAGCGCUUGACUCGCUCAUCAUUGACCAGGUGGUCUGGGUCUUCGGCGCAGAGAAGGACAAUGCACAUGUUCGGACGGCCUGCUAUCUGAUCAUCGCUACUGUACUCGAACGAUCAGGCAGGACUCUCCCAAAAUCGACUAUCGACUCCCUAGUCCCCAUUAGCCGUACUUGCUGCGAAGACCUACUUCCUUUCGAAGUGAGCGCAGGUCCAGCGAAACAGACCCCAGGGCAGGCCAAAGCGAGCGGAAACAGUCAACCGCAGACUACUGCAAACGCCGACACGUUCCUGAACUCGUUCCCAAAGGGCAUUAACGACCCCACUGCCAACUUUGCGGGGCUCAAAGGCGCUGCGCACAACCUGCUCCCGGUCCUGCUCACCAACAUCCGCGCUCAAUAUAUUUCCGACUCACUACGCGCUCGCCUAGACCGCGCUGCUAUCAUCAGUCAGCACAAAGAUGCUAUGCUGGCCAGUGUCCUGAACCCGCCUCCCAGCAAAAAGUUCGGGAAGCCGGCUGCGAGCAUUUUGCCGCUCAUGGCAAGAUCAUUCCCAUUAGACAAGGACGUAGAGGGUGUGCUGAGGCCCCGGAUGCCAGUCAUUCGUCUGGGCGGUCAAGAUUUGGAGAUGGAGGACGAGGCAGAAGAGGAAGCCAACGAGGAAGAGGACGAGAGUGAAGACAUGGUAGCGGAUACGGAGGUAGAGCAGGAGUAUAUGGAAAGAGAAGAUGAAUCCUUUGUCGGUCACGAACUGGACACUCUUUUGGAGUCGGCAGGACCGCCAAAGACUUUAGUGAAGGACUUUGCAAUGCGAAAUGCUACCACUCUAGACGGGGUUGGCUCAACGCCAUCCUCGCAAAACCAGUCAGUGCCCGAACCUACGCAGUUUAUAGACACGGGAAAGCGGUCGAUUUACAACGAAGCUACACUUUCGCCAUCCAAGCGAGUGAAAAUAGACCAGGAGGAGCAGCGUACAGCGCAACCCGUACAACCCCUGCCCACACUUGCUGCAGCACCUAAAUCAUAUUUUACAGCAACGGACACAGCAUCUGUGGUCCCCGAGCUUCCACAGCCAGGUGCAGCGGAACUUGGCGAUGCAGAUAGUGAUAUGGAUGACAUCGUUCCUCUCGUGUUUGGGCAAGACACUGAUGACGAAUCAGAGUAAUUUGGAUUACCUCGA